CGCCACGUGGCACAAUCACAGGACACGUUAUUCUUGCCACAUGGCGUGAUUGCAAAGGUCUUGGCUAUGGCGGCAAUUGCUAUGCCUGCGCUGGGCAUAUCGAUGAACCUUUCUUCUUCAUCGCCCCCUUCUUCUUCUUGGACAUGUAGGGCAAGUGUGAAGAAUGGGACAGGGAAUUUGCCGCCGAUUAGCAAGGAGGAGACGAUCGAGCAGGCGCGCGCUUCGCUCUGGGCGGUUCUCGAGGCACCGCUGAAACGUCGCGCGGAGCCAUCGACGCUGCGGAAGAUUUCCAAGCGCCAAGCCCAGAUCCAGCAGCAGUCACGCUUCCGGAUCGAGAUCCCAGUCCUGGAUGGCGACGACCGAACCCUAGCAUCGCUCGCGCUCGAUCUGAUCGCCAAUGCCGGUGUUUCCAAGCUCUGUCUCGUGCUGCCGACGGCGCUGCUGCAAGAAUUCGUGGCGGCCGAGGCGGAGAGGAGGCGCAGCGCCGAUUCUAGGGUUCUUCCAGAGCUCCAGCUCGAGAACCUCCAGGACGAUUACGAUUUUGCGAUCCACAAGGACGCGGCGUUUGUGCUGAUCGUGGCUCCCGGCUCGGCCGAGAUUGAUCCGGUGGGGAGGAUCUUGGGGAGUUCCGGGGGCAGGGCAAUCGUCGUGCUCAAUCCGGAGUGGUCGCUGGAGGAAGAGCUCGCGGCGCCGUGUGAUGCAUUCCAGGUCGCAUACUCCUUCAUCCCUCUCUCGAUCAGAGUGUUCUUGAGCAGGAAAGAAGGCGCGGUGCUCAAGGAGGUCCCGCUCAACACUCCAUGGCGAGUGUUCUUGAAGGAAGGCAGCGAGAUGGAUUGCGUGUUGAGCCUGAGUAGGCGGCCAUCGCCGGAAGAUCUGGAGAAUGCGCUCUACAAUCGCGUGGCGGCGAACUCCCCGGUUGUAAAGUCGGCCAAGUUCUUGAGUGGGCUGUUUGGCAAAAAUUAGGGUUCUUGCGCGCGGUGUGUUUGAAA